UUUGUGUGUGUGUAUGUGUGUUGGUGGAUGUGAGUACGGGGAAGCAGCGGCCGCCAUUUCAGAGAGCUUGCCGAAGCUGUCGCAGGGGUGGAUCCUGAGCUGCCGAAGCCGCCGUCCUGAACUUCCGCGCGGGCUCCUCUAAUCCCAUUGUUUCUUUUAGAUUCGCUCGGGCCUAUCCGCCCUCGGAGCCCGAAAUUCGGGCUGGGCGGUACCGCGGCCUGGGCCUAGCGGCUUAACAGUAGCAACAGCGGCAGCAGCAGCAGCGCCCCCCCCCCUUUCCGAAUACAAGCACCCCAGGGGCCCGAAAGCCCGCACAGGCGAUUAGAGAAAAUGGCAGACGAUAUUGAUAUUGAAGCAAUGCUUGAGGCUCCUUACAAGAAGACUUGCCUAACGAUAUCUCACCUCUACUCCCAUGAAUUCACCUUUGAUUCCAGUGUGAACUGUCAAUCAUAAGUUGGUGGUGAAAAUAGCAGUAUGCAUGCAUUAUCACUGGUGUCGCAAACUGUAAGCUUUGAUGAGAACAAGUUGAGCAGUGCUAACGGCCAUGAAGAACGUAGCAAAAAGAGGAAAAAAAGCAAGAGCAGAAGUCGUAGUCAUGAACGGAAAAGAAGCAAAAGUAAGGAACGGAAACGAAGUAGAGAUAGAGAAAGGAAAAAGAGCAAAAGCCGUGAAAGGAAGCGAAGUAGGAGCAAAGAAAGGAGGCGGAGCCGCUCAAGAAGUCGAGAUCGCAGAUUCAGAGGCCGCUACAGAAGUCCUUACUCCGGACCAAAAUUUAACAGUGCCAUCCGAGGAAAGAUUGGGUUGCCUCAUAGCAUCAAAUUAAGCAGACGACGUUCCCGAAGCAAAAGUCCAUUCAGAAAAGACAAGAGCCCUGUGAGGGAACCUAUUGAUAAUCUAACUCCUGAAGAAAGAGAUGCAAGGACAGUUUUCUGCAUGCAGCUGGCAGCAAGAAUUCGGCCAAGGGAUUUGGAAGAGUUUUUCUCUACAGUAGGAAAGGUUCGAGAUGUGAGAAUGAUUUCUGAUAGAAAUUCAAGACGUUCCAAAGGAAUUGCAUAUGUGGAGUUUGUUGAUGUUAGCUCAGUGCCUCUAGCAAUAGGAUUAACUGGCCAACGUGUUUUAGGAGUGCCAAUCAUAGUACAAGCAUCACAGGCAGAAAAAAACAGAGCUGCAGCAAUGGCGAACAAUCUACAAAAGGGAAGUGCUGGACCUAUGAGGCUUUAUGUGGGCUCGUUACACUUUAACAUAACUGAAGAUAUGCUUCGGGGAAUCUUUGAGCCUUUUGGAAGGAUUGAAAGUAUCCAACUCAUGAUGGAUAGUGAAACAGGUCGAUCUAAGGGAUAUGGAUUUAUUACGUUUUCUGAUUCAGAAUGUGCCAAGAAGGCUUUGGAACAGCUUAAUGGAUUUGAGUUAGCAGGAAGACCAAUGAAAGUUGGUCAUGUUACUGAACGUACUGAUGCUUCCAGUGCUAGCUCAUUCUUGGACAGUGAUGAACUGGAAAGGACUGGAAUUGACUUGGGAACAACUGGUCGUCUCCAAUUAAUGGCAAGACUUGCAGAAGGUACAGGUUUGCAGAUUCCACCAGCAGCACAGCAGGCUCUACAAAUGAGUGGCUCUUUGGCAUUUGGUGCUGUGGCAGAAUUCUCUUUUGUUAUAGAUUUGCAAACAAGACUUUCUCAACAGACUGAAGCUUCAGCUUUAGCUGCAGCUGCCUCCGUUCAGCCUCUUGCAACACAGUGUUUCCAACUUUCUAACAUGUUUAACCCUCAAACAGAAGAAGAAGUUGGAUGGGAUACAGAGAUUAAGGAUGAUGUGAUUGAAGAAUGUAAUAAACAUGGAGGAGUUAUUCAUAUUUAUGUUGACAAAAAUUCAGCUCAGGGCAACGUGUAUGUGAAGUGCCCAUCAAUUGCUGCAGCCAUUGCUGCUGUCAAUGCAUUGCAUGGCAGGUGGUUUGCCGGUAAAAUGAUAACAGCAGCAUAUGUACCUCUUCCAACUUAUCACAACCUCUUCCCUGAUUCUAUGACAGCAACACAACUACUGGUUCCAAGUAGACGAUGAAGGAAGAUAUAGUCCCUUAUGUACAUAGCUUUUUUUCUUUCUUGAGAAUUCAUCUUGAGUUAUCUUUUAUUUAGAUAAAAAUAAAGAGGCAAGGGUCUACUGUCAUUUGUAUACAAUUCCUGUUACCUUGAAAAAAUAAAAAUGUUAACAGGAAUGCAGUGUGCUCAUUAUCCCUAACUAGCAAAUCCCACUGUAUACAAAGCUGUUCUCUUGUUCUGCCUUUUAAAUGUACAUGUAGAAAUUUACAUUAAGGAUCUAUAGGAAUAGCUCUAGGGGGGGAACAGAUGUGCUUAAUGUAAAAAGGCAGACAGAGAUGUAAUUAUGUUUUUAAUGUUUCAGAAGCCUAACUUUUUACACAGCAGUUACAUUACACGUUUCACUAAUGUUGAUACUUGGCUAAUGGUUUAGCAGAGGUUUCUGGAGUACACAUUUAGUGUAUGGAAAUUCAAGACAGCUAAAGGGCUGUUUGAUUAACAUCUCAUCUUGCAUCGUGAUCAAUUGGCAAGAAAAGGAGUUUUCAAGAUUACAUUUCUGGAUGCUAUCUUUUCAAUUAAUGUAUCUGUAAAAGUUUCUUUGUAAAUAUUAUGUGUUCUGAUGUGUCUAAGAUUCCAAACAAAAUGAUCCCUGCAUUUCCUCAAGAUGUUUAGUGACAGUCUGGUAAGCAGAGCAGUCUGAGCAAGAAAUAGGAAAUGCAGAAAUAGGUUUUGUCUGGUUGCAUAUAAUCUUUGCUCUUUUUAAGCUCUGUGAGCUCUGAAAUAUAUUUUUGGGUUACUUCAGUGUGUUUGACAAGACAGCUUGAUAUUUCUAUCAAACAAAUGACUUUCAUAUUGCAACAACCUUUGUAAGAACCACUCAAAUAAAAUUCUCUUAAAAAGGCCA